GAGACAGCAAAAAUUGCAAGUCACGGCGUUUGUUCUACGUGCGCGCGUGCACACGCCAACCAACGGCAGCUGUUCGCCCGCAUUUAGACUCAGUCACAUUUCAUUGGUAAAACUGCACCGAUGCUAGCCACCACGGUACCGAACAGCAAUCGUUUCUGGGAGUAAAACUAGCCAAAAACCCGCCGCUUGACGAAACCCUUUUGUGGAAUUUGACCUAUUCUGGAGAUAAGAGCGCAUUCCGCCGCUAGGGGGAGUCUCUCAGGACCCUUUGACAUAGCCGCUGGGGUAUAAAGCAUUCCAGGCAAUUGGUAUAAAUAACAGUCGACUAUGUGCUCGGUAUUAAGCAGAGUGAGAAUAGUUCAGCGGAUAGCAUCUCAUACAUUACGCUUCAGAUCGAUAACCGAGGGCUCGGCUUGUGCAGUAACCGAAAGUAGGCGCUCCUAUUCCGGGUUAAGUUUCUCCAUAGAGCCGCUGCGAGACAGUAGGAGGUUAUACUGCACCAGUAUGGCGAUGAGACAAGGACUCCUCUUCAGACAACUGUUCGAGUCGGAAAGCUGCACAUACACAUACCUGCUUGCAGACACUGAAACCAAGGAGGCGGUCAUCAUCGACCCCGUCCUGGAGACGCUAGAUAGAGAUGUGAAACUCGUCAAAGACCUCGGACUCAACUUGACCGUUGCAGUUAACACCCACUGCCACGCAGACCAUAUCACAAGCACAGGCCUGAUGAAGCAGAGAAUUCUGGGAUUGAAGAGUGCCAUCUCCAAGUUCAGUGGCGCUUCUGCUGACAUUCAGCUGGCAGAGGGGGACAAAAUCCAUUUUGGAAAGCAUUACCUGGUUGUCAAGGAAACACCGGGCCACACAGAUGGCUGCAGUACUCUAGUGCUGGAUGACAACUUGAUGGCUUUCACUGGUGAUGCUCUGCUCAUUAGAGGCUGUGGCAGGACAGACUUCCAACAGGGAUCUUCUUCAAAGCUGUAUGACUCAAUCCAUCAGAAGAUCUUUACUCUGCCUGAAGGGUGCCUCAUCUACCCUGCACAUGACUAUCUUGGCCAGACAGUUUCCACCGUAGGGGAGGAGCGCAAACUGAAUCCCCGCCUCACAAAAAGCAAGGAAGAAUUUAUAAAGAUAAUGGAAAAUCUAAACCUCCCAAAGCCCAAAAAAAUCGAUAUUUCGGUGCCUGCCAACCUUGUGUGUGGACUACACUAAAUCUGACUGGCCUGCAGAGAAAAACGCUCUAAUAAAGGAAUUAGUCUGGUUCCAAACUGUUCAUACUUGCAUAUAUGAUUCAGCUGAUGUAAAUUGCUUCACCAUAAAGUGCUUUUAUUGUGUUUUAUUUUGUAAAAGUAUAUUUUUGAUUAGUUUGUGUGUAUCAAAUAACAAUUAAGGUAAUUACUGUUGUGUUAAAAAAAUAAAAAUGCAAUAAUUUGUACUUUAAAUGUUUAUAAAAAAAGGUGUAAUACCGGUAAUUGUAUUUUUGUUGUUUGUAAUGUUGAAGAGAGAUUUUUUGUUUUUUACUAGAAAAGCACCUUCAGUUGAACAGUUCAAUUCAAGGUUUGGUUUAGUAUUCAUGAAUGCUGCACAGGAACAACAGGUUUCUUGAGAGAGGCCUUCUCGGUGAUUCCGGACUCCCCUCGGCCAAGAACACACGGGAACAGUCACGCGUUUGUUAGCCAGAAUAGACUUUUUUGCAUAACAGGGAAAUAAAUCCGGACUAUUUGCAUUCAAUGUCGCCAAAGGGCCAGCUUCUAUUGCUGCAACUGCAGAUGUAAACAAAAAAAUCAUGAUCUGGAUCAUUAUCUCAACAUUUUAGAC